GAAAAAAAACUACAUCUCCAUAUCAUGAACCAGGAAGAGGUUAUUUGACACACGGAACUGGAGUGCCAAUUCACGGUCGAGCGCUGUGUGUUUACGAUAAGUAUGCGAGAUUUCCUUUACAUCUAUUUGUAUUAACAAUUUGUGGAGAUCUGCUACACGGCUAUAUUCUCACACUGCUGUGAUGUCAGCGCGAUUUGUGGCUAUUCCCUGCAAAGUCUUUGGUGAUACGCGCGGUGAGCUCUGCCAGACGAGAGGCCAUAGCAACAAUACACAGCACGUCUCAAGUACUGACUUAAGCUGAAACCAAGAAGUCAGGAUAUCUCACAAUGCAGUCUUACUCCUCCCAAGGAAAGCUGGUGCGGAAUGGGGAGAAGAAUAAGUUAGUGAUCUGUAUAGAGGGGAAUAUUGCUAGUGGGAAGACAACAUGCCUAGAGUAUUUCAGCAAAACCAGUAACAUUGAGGUGCUGACUGAGCCAGUUUCCAAAUGGAGGAAUGUUCGAGGUCACAACCCCCUGGGGUUAAUGUACCAGGACCCUACUCGAUGGGGCAUCACUCUACAGACCUAUAUUCAGCUAACCAUGCUGGACCAACACCUCUCAACAACAUCAGCCCCAAUUAGAAUGAUGGAAAGGUCCAUCUACGGUGCCAAGUACAUCUUUGUGGAAAAUCUUUACAGAAGUGGGAAGAUGCCCGAGGUGGACUUUGCUGUUCUUAGUGAGUGGUUUGAGUGGAUCACACAGAACAUUGCCAUUCCUGUGGAUCUUAUCGUUUACCUCCAGUCCUCUCCACAGAUCUGCCAUGAGAGGCUGAAAGAGAGGUGCAGGGAGGAGGAGAAGAUCAUUCCUUUGGAAUAUUUAGAGGCAAUCCAUCAGCUGUAUGAAGACUGGCUGAUAAAGAAGACGUCCUUCAAUAUUCCUGCUCCAGUCCUUGUCAUUUCGGCAGACGAUGACCUGCAGAAGAUGAUCCACCAGUUUGAGGAGAACAGAGAGAAGAUUUUAUCAGGGAGAAAUGUGUGACUGAAGUACAGUGCCUUUGAAAAGUAUUCAGACCCCUAGACUUUUUCCACAUUUUGUUAGGUUACAGCCUUAUUCUAAAAUUGAUUUAAAAAAAAUUCCCCUCAUCAAUCGACUCACAAUACCCCAUAAUGACAAAGCA